AAUCUAACAACACCACUAACACCAUCAACCCUGACAUCACAACCCCCAGCAUAACCAGGGAACUUCAGGUCAGUAUGGUAUAAAAAUCACCUUGAUGGCGAGGAAAAUCAUUCGAAUUUCGUCAAUCCCAAGAUCCAUAAUAUCAAAUGCCGUUAUCCUUUCAGAAUUAGUAAUGGUUGAUUGCCCCGCUUUGUUACGAAUGUCGUCAUACCUCGUAGAAUUCGUCAGUUGCCCUGUAGCUUUAAAGUAGAUAAAUACCCAAGGUCCAACUCUAAUCAGAUUAUCUGACCAGUAUCUAAUCUUUUCAGUAUCUCAUAACUCUUAUCGACAAAUCCAACCUCUUUUUGACCCAAUUGACCCAUCCUCACUUAUACACAAUGGCUUCUCAUCACGUUCUUCUUCUUGGCGGCCACGGCAAAAUCGCCCAGCUUCUCACUCCUCUCCUUCUCAAGCGUUCGUGGACUGUAACCAGCGUCAUCCGAACUUCUGAACAGACCCCUGCCAUCGAAAAACUUGGUGCCGGCCUCCCCGGUAAACUCAAUGUCCUAGUACGUAGCAUUGAGGACGUCACAUCCCAGGAUAAGGCCUUGAGUAUCUUGAAUGAAGUCAAGCCCGAUUAUAUUGCUUGGAGUGCUGGUGCCGGAGGUAAAGGUGGCGCAGAAAGAACUUUCAAGGUGGACCGAGAUGCCGCCGUUCACUUCAUCAAUGCCGCAGCAUCUGUACCCACCAUCACCAAGUUCCUUCUUAUCUCAUACCUAGCUUCUCGUCGAUCUGGUGCUUCAUGGUGGCCUGCCGGCGAGUGGGAUGAGUACAAUGAAAAGGUCAACAACGGCGUAUUGGCAAACUACUACAAGGCCAAGAUCGAGGCCGAUGAGACCCUCUACAAGGUCUCCAAGAAGAGUCCUACUCUUGUUGGCAUCGAUCUGAGACCUGGAACUCUGACUGAUGACCCAGCCACCAAAGUUGAGUUUGGCAAAACCAAGAGCAUCGCUAAGAGCGGUGUUAGCCGUGAGGCUGUUGCUGAGGUUGCCUCACAUCUUCUCGCUGCCGACGGUGUCAAGAACGGCUGGUAUGAUCUACUCGAUGGUGAUGAGGAUAUUCCAGCUGCUGUCGAAAGAGUUGUGCGAGAGAACGUGGAUGCUGCUGAGGGCGAGGCCAUCUAUGAUGCCUGAAGGUUGUCUGCCUGCAAAAACAUCAUGGCCAUAUAAUAUUUAAGUCAUAAGGCAUUUUGAAUUAAUAAUGGUACAUCGCAGCUGAUGCUAUCCACGCUUGUACCCCAUUUUAACACCCGGUGAUCCAUGCCUGUGACGGCGAAUUGUAAAGACAUGACAAGUUAUGUAACAUUUGUGCUUCCCUCAGACAAAUGUGUGAAACAUUACCUUUUUGACUCCAUCCAUAUAGUUUCUCUUACAUAUAAUAUAAAUCAUGUCGAAACCGGUUUCUCUGCAUCCUCAACCGAGUAGGCGCGUAGUUGUCGAGUUCGCUCAAAGGUGUUUCGAUAGCUGCCCUUGCUUGAACCAAGUCGGCUAUUGAGACGGACCCCGUUUGUACAUUCUUCGGCACCUCCGAACCAUUUGAACCUGAGAACACGCAUUUCCUCAUUGAAGGUCUUCCAGCUGGUGGUGAAAUAGAUCACGGCGUUCCAAACACCCUGCAAGGGAAGCACACAGCCACUGGCGACACUGAGGGGAAAGCUGAUCCUGUCGUGGUGCGUCAGGCUGUACAGCCGGUUGGCGGAGCUCGGAAUCCAAGUGAUCAACACAGCGAGGCCGAAGAUGAAGCUGGUGCGCAAAUAUGCCAUCUUGACUGGAUCAAAUUGUCUGAGUUUCAUAGAAGCGUUAGACUUGACGGCACGAAGUUUAGUCAUUACUGAGGAGGGUGGCUGGCGAGAACUGUCGGAUGUGCAGAGUGUUUCGAAUCGUUGAGCUCUGCUAGAAGUCGACGGUUCAAUAUGCUCGAAAGAACUAGGUAAGACCCAAGAUUGGAUGCGCGGAGGCAUUGCGGCUAGAGGAGGACUUGGAAGUGUAGGCUCUUGUUGGAUUACUUGCCUCGGGUCUUCGCGUGUAAUCUGAACUUCUGUGACUGCAGUACCAUAGAAGUCCUGACGAGGUGUGAGAUUCUGAGGACAAAAGUCAGCUUCGCCUGCCUCACUGGCAUCAGGUGGGAAGGCUACCG